UCCGCACGAUGGAGCGCUCAACCGUCCGUUCCGGCCGCCCCUCGGUCAGCUCCACGACGGCACGACCUCAGCUCUCCAACCUGGGCCUCGGCUACUCCAUCGCCAUCGCGCUCGGCUUCCUCAUCCUGUUUGCCUCCUUCCUGCUGGCUUUCUACUUCUGCUUCGGCCGCGGCGGGGACUACUGGGCCGGGGAAGCAGUCACCACGGCGUCCAGCUCUGGCCACCUCUCCAUCACCGUCCCGCGCGUGCUCUUCGUCGCGGAGGGGUCCGAGUCCCCCGAAGACGACGCUUACCCCUCCUCCUCCGCCGCCGCGGCCUGCUCCCCUGUCGGGCUCGACGCGGCCGCCAUCGCUUCCUACCCCAAGGUCGCCUUCUCCAGCAAGGCCGCCGAGGCUGACGCCAUGUGCUCCAUCUGCCUCAGCGAGUACAGGGACGGCGAGACGCUGCGCGUGAUGCCCGAGUGCAGGCACGGCUUCCACGUCGCGUGCCUCGACGCCUGGCUGAGCCGGAGCGCGUCCUGCCCCGUCUGCAGGUCCUCUCAGGUCCUUCCCCGUUUUCUCUCCUUUGCAGUUUUUGGUUCCUGA